CUUUUAUUUGUUGGAAGAAGUUGUCUUCUUCUCAAACCCAUUUUUUGUAUUUUCUAUAGUUUGGUUAUUAAGGAAUGAAACAAAACAAACAUCAUCAAUCUUUUGGUCAGAGAAAUAAAAAUAAAAAUUUUUAAGUUGUUGUUGAGAAAUAUGAAAGCAAGAGCCUAUGUCAUGAUCUUCUUCUUCUGGGCUCUUCUCACCAUUAUCACACCAAUGCUUGUUAGCUGGUCUCAAUCUCUCAAAACUCUUCCCUCAAUCCCUGAUGAUCAUCAAGAACAAAAGAUUAAAGACUCUAGUCCAAGGAGGAUGAUGGGAUAUUCAGAAGAAAUGCAUUUAGCUCAAGAGAUUGUUCAUCGCGUAGAAGAAGAGAAGUUGGUAAUGGAGCCUUCGAUGGCGCCAACGCCUGAAGAUAACCCUGUUAUGCCUUCACUAUCUUUUCCGCGGUUUAAAGAACAUGAAGGAUUAGUCACUAAAGAUACACAUCUCAUGAGCUUGCGAUAAUCUUUAAGAGAUUUUUUCUUUCUUUCUUUCUUUAUUUCGACGAUUAUCUAAACUAUCUUCUUUGAUUAAGUAAGGGUUCAUAAUGACUAUACAAAACCUAAUGUGGCGAGUGGCAAGGCAGCGAUUGUACAUACGUAAAAUUUGCAUCCUUUUGACAAAAGCCAAAUGGUAAGAAACUUAUUAUUUUGGUUAUGAUUUCUAUUUUCUGUGGUUAGAAAGAUAGGGAAAAAAAUGUUAGAACUAUUCUGUAAUUAGUUUAAGAUUAAGAUACAAUCAAGAGUUUGGUGAAGAAAGAAAAAGACAAAACCGGUUGAUAAACUCUACCAAACGACAUUGAUGUCAUUAUAUAAGAUUCUCUGGUGUACAUCUCCAUACAACUUUGUCAUCUCAAUCUGAGGAUUGUAAUAAAAUUUUCAUCAAUUUGGCUCUGUUAGUGUCUCCUUGUAA